AACCGUGACGCACAACUGCGUAUGAAAUUUUGAAGGCAUAUACCCAUUCAAGCAAAAUAGGUCAACAAUAUCUAAGCUUAAUCGCUUUGCAUGUGAAAUACAAUAGGCCUAAAAUAACAAUAUCCUGUAGUGUUGUUGAAAUGACAUUAAUAUACAUUUUCAAACACAUUAAACCUGCGUCUAAGAUUGGGAACAGUGAGAUAACAGAACAACCUAGCGACUAAUUUACGUAAUUAAAUCUAUAUAAUUUUUAAAAAAUCUUCAUCGACAUCCUUUUUUGGUUCGUCAAAUGCUGUCUUCUUGUACUCGUAUGGUCAUUUAUAAGAUCAUGUCCAUGCAUCUUGCAGCCUGCGGUGGCAAUUAUUUGUAAAUAUUACUUCUACCCAAAAAUGAUUUGGCAUGGUAAAUUAAGAAACAGGAGUGCGCAGUUACACGUAUUGCAAGAUUUACAGACUGCGUGUAAAGGCCUAAUCCACGCUACUUCUUAGUGACUUCGCACAGGCCUGGGGCGCUUGAAUAAAUGAACCUCGAUUAAUUACACCUUGACCAAUUGAGCAUGUUCCCUUUACGUAUCAGUAACCUUGAUAACUUCUUUUAACCAAACCAAACAACAACAUCCUAUACUAGGCUUCUAUACACCUAGAUACCACACUUCAUAAAAAAACGGUUAUGAAGACAUGUCAACAGUCUAAACGAAGCUAAAGUCAGGACAUAUGGGCUGACUAUAUAAUAAAUUGUUCAGAAAAUUCAAGAAACAAAAACAAAAAAUCGAAAAUCACUUUCAAACGUAUCUUGGCAAUCGACAGGCCUUUUCUACCGCUGAUAAAUGAUAGCAAGUACUUUGAAUUUAACUGUUUCAAGAAUUUGUCUAAGCAGUGAAUCCCUGUUGGUCACUAUGUUAAAUUCUUAGUGAGCUGUGCGCUGCCUUCAGCGAUGUGUGGCAUGCCGGGGUUCCCAUUCUCAAAAGUAGAAUUUGCCCCCCCCCAAAAAAAAACAAAGAUCAUCCUCUCACAUCCCCCAGUAUGGAAUUAUCUAAAAAUCGUCAAAAGCUAGAGUCGAUUCGUUGGUAUGUCAGCUAUGAAAUAACAUGUUUCUUACAAGAAUCAUCAUCUUAGACAAAUUUCUACGGUUUCUGGCUAGAACGUGCAUCGUUAACUGUGCACGUGGUACUUCCGUACUCUACAGAGCAAGUAAAACUACGUAAGUACACCAAGUCUCGCUAACCUUUUGUCUUGAAGAACGAUAUUUCAUCGUGAGUGAUUGAAGUACGUGUACGUCUUUUACUUUUGACAGGUAAGCUACUACAAUGAGGAAUUUGCUGAACUCAGUCUGUAAGUAUGUGGAUACUAGUCGCCGGAUUAGGCGCAGUUUCCUGGCCAACGUUCGCCUUUGAAGGCAUCGUCAUCAACGAAUUCCAACUAGAGGGUUCUCAGUAUGUGGAGCUCUACGACGGUGGAGUCGGCAACACACAACUGGAAGGUAUGGUUUUGGUCCUUUACUCAGGGACUUCAGAGGUUGUGUACAACCAGCCUUUGGUGCUCGAUGGCUUUCAUACAAGCCGUGUGGGUUAUUUCCUCGUAUCAUUUGGGCCUUCACUGCCGAAUGCCAAUGUCAAAUCUUCAAUUCUCCUGCUCACAUCAGGUUUAAAUGCAAUAGCAUUGUAUGACCAGACACACGGCGCAAUUCUUCACGCUGGAUCAGCAGUAACUGAUGUCGACUUGGUUGAUGCAGUGGUUUACGGAAGCUCCCCAUAUCCUCAGGACAGCAGGCUUCUGAGUGUUCUCUCCCAAGGCCAAGGUCCUCUCCAGAAGGACGAAUCGCACUCAAGUGACGGGAAUACGUCUCUCAGUCGCUGCAGAGGUUGGAAGCAGGUCAUGCAUUCGUCGUUCCGUACCGUGAAACAGAGCCCGGGCACCGAUAACGAGUGUCCUCUGCCGUCGUUCGUCAUCAACGAGCUCAACCCGACCUUUGGUAUUAACGGAGAUCAGUUUGUCGAGAUUUUUGACGGCGGGCGAGGAUUUCAGGAAACGGAUGGCAUUAUGUUGGUCACUUACCGGGGAAAUUUUGCCAGGGAUAACGUUGAAGUAUCUGUUGACCUUACGGGUUACCGGACCAACGAGAACGGCUUCUUGGUUGUCGCCACCAAUGGAACGAACCUUGCAGAUGUUAUCGCUCCUAAUGUGCGUCCUAGAGCAGGUAAAUUUCUGUCUGGAUCUCAGCCAACGGGUGUGGCCUUGCAUUUAGGCCCACCGCGCCGGUUUGCAGUCGGUAACGCUAUCACGGAUUACAAUUUAAUCGACGCUGUUGUGUAUCUUUAUCAAAGGGAGGUGGACCACGCACUGGUUCAGUGGCUAACUCCAGGGCAGCAUGUCGUGGUGGAUUUGCCCUCACCCGACGGUCAGGAGUACUCUAUCAGUCGUUGUUACUGCUGUUCAGUGCGCAAUUCGUCAGUCUUUGGCAGAGGGCCAAUUAGUCCGGGUACUAUCAAUCGGGAGUGCAGCAUAGCCAAUCGAACUGUCGUCGAAGUACCGCCCAGUACCUUCUGGAUUAACGAACUCCACAUCGGCACUCCUGGCUCGGAUGAUGGCGAUUUUGUCGAAAUCUACGAUGGGGGUUUCGGACCUUUUUCUAUGGUUGGCAAAACACUGGUGGCGUUCAUUGGAAGAAGGCCUUACAGAAUUGUAGACCUCUCGGAAUCAGUGACAAACAGCGACGGCUUUGCUGUGAUUGCGCCCCCUUCUGUCAGUCCUGCAUCCUCGUUCGAUUGGUUGGCCGAUGAUUGGCUCAGAGCUGGACUUGAUGAGCAACAGGUGGCUGGUGCUGUGGCACUUUACGAGCGACCUGCAGCCGCUUUUGAUACUGAGGAGGGACUCACUACAGUCGGUAUGCUGGAUGUAGUGGUCUUUGGCAACUCCACAAUGGCCUCAAACCUAUUGGAGAUUCUUUCACCGGGUCAAACCUUGAUACACAGCUUCUUACCAGAAUCAACUUCAUCUGCACUGAGAUGUUACUCCCAUACUCCACUUGACCAGGUUGCAUUCGCCCCAGGUCCACCGUCGCCUUUAGCUCCAAACUCUUGCCCCCCUCCGCCGUGUCUUUUGAACGAGAUCAACUCGCUCCGCUCGUCAGCUACGGGUGUCUGGAUGGAAGUUUCCUGUGAGGGACUUCCAAAUUUUCCCUUGGACACAGUUAUUGGUGUAUGGUGGCAAGUUGGACUUGACAUGGGUAUUGCGAGGUCGUUUGCCGGUUUUAAGACCAACAAAGACGGUUUUAUCUCCCGUAACAUGAGACGUUUGGGAACAAACCGUCAUUUUGCACUGAGCCUGUACUUUCUCCCAGACGCCACCGACUUGUUUAACGAUGCUGGCGCCGUCAGGUUAACCAGCAGUGGGUUGCUUGGUGCCAUCGUGGUUAGUCAGGAAGGCGGAAUGGGAGACCCAUCAGCCUUGACAAACAUCUUAACCCCAGGAAAGGCGCCCGUUCAGGAGCAGGAAGCCUUCAGCCACAGGGACGAAUCCCUUAGCCGCUGUCUGGUGGGGGGCGAAUGGGCCUUCGUUCUCGCCCACGUCUCUAGGGACGCGGCCAACCACUGCCCCACCAGGGCUAAUCUAGACCUUGUCAUUAACGAGAUUAGCUUAUCGGAUCAGUUCAUCGAACUCUUUGAUCUGGGCGGCGGAUAUUCGCUUUUGGAUGAGUUCAUGGUCGUUUUGUGCAGUGCCACAGGGGUGGCACUGCAGGUCAUCCGACUGGCCGGAUACACCACCGACGCCAAUGGUUACUUCAUUCUUGGGGCAUCACAUACACUCAACCCCGGCAGUAGUCACUACAUACUUGCUGCAGGUUUCAUAGACUCACUUGCCGGGGGCGUAGCCCUUUACAGAUCGAGGGAUGACUCAUUUACACUAGCGGUGGGAGACCAGCUACCCAUUCAUCAGGCUCUAGUGGAUGCUGUUAUCUACAGAAAUGAGGAAGGGAGCCUGGAUACCGCUCUUAAGUCAUUGAUUUCAGACGAAAGCUCUGUAGAACUCAUUUCAAGUGAUCGGCAUUUCAGCCGCUGCUUCUCCGGUGAAUUGCGCUCCACCGGGGCCUUCAGCGGUGGUCGUCCCCCGACCGUGGCAGCCAUGAAUGACUGCCCAGUGUUUGCCGACCAGGAUGUUGUCAUCAACGAGUUCAACUUCGCAGAGCCGUCGGGGACUCUCCAGGCGUACGUGGAGCUGUAUGACGGAGGGGUUGGCAACACGCCUCUCACGUACAUCACGUUGGUAGCCUUUGCUGCCAGUGAUAACAACGGAGCAUACCGAACCGCUGACCUAAGCGGCUACCGUACCAAUGAGCAAGGCUACUUCUUGAUAGGCUCUCAAGAUUCAGCUGAUCUGGUGGUUGCGCUGGAGCGCACGUAUGGAACUACUGUUCUCUCCCAUGGCGCCGGUGCUAUCGCCCUUUAUCGGUCGGCUCCAGGCGUUUUUUACCACGGGGCACCAGCAACCAAGCGAAGCCUUGUUGAUGCUGUCGUAUACACUUUAGAUGCGGAGGAAGGAACGACGCUUGUGGACGAUCUCUUGCCGACAGGUAGUUCUAUCAUCUACGAGGACGAGAGUUUAGAGGAAGAAGACGAGUCUGAUGAAAGCAUCAGUCGGUGUUUCGAUGACAACAGGUUGAGCCAGAGUGCUUUUCGGAUGAGUCAGCAGUCACCAAAGGGCCCCAAUUUGUGCGGCCAGGAAGAGACCGGCGAUGAUGCAACAGGACUUUUCAUCAGUGAAAUGAAUGUAAAGUCCGCCACCGGCCUCGGCUUCGUUGAGCUCUAUAACGGUAGUCCUGACAUCAUUUCCCUGGAUGGAUAUGUGCUCAUCUUCUACGAAGGUCAUCGUGACCGAUCUGUCUACGAAAUCGACUUGAGGGGGAAACGAAUUAGUCCACUGGGUUAUUUGGUCAUCGGCGAGUCAGGUGUCACUCCAACACCAGACGUCAUCGUGGACAACCUGGCAUUCUUGAGCGGGCCUGGUGCGGUUGCCGUCUACUGGGGAGGCCUCGACUCGUACCCACGAGGCACGGUUGCAACUUCGCAGUCACUCGUCGACGUGGUGGUGUACGGAGAACCAGACAGGCGGGCGGACGGGCUCAUAGGCAAGCUCGUGCCGGGGCAAAUACAGGCCUACGAAAACACGGAGACGGUGUAUGGUGAGGAUGUGUCGCUUUCCAGGUGCAUAUCGAGCGCUCCGCUGACACUGGCAGCCUUUGUGUCGGCAAGGAAGACUCCAGGCUCCCCCAACAAUUGUGAUGCGUUGUAUCGGCCUGUUUUCAUCAACGAAAUAAGUCCCUACGGUUCAAGGUCGGAUAAGUUCAUUGAGUUGUACGAUGGAGGACAAGGUCACAGUUCUUUGGACGCUCUUGUCCUGUUGCUCCUUGUGGAAGGGUUCAAUAUACCAUACAGCGUGAUACCAAUAACUGGAAACCAGACUGACAGUUACGGAUACUACUUGAUCAACAACAUUCCAGAGCUUCGGCUCAACGGUUCAGUUGCCCUUCACCGGGGAGACUAUGCCCUGUUUCGCGCCUAUCAUGCACCGAGUGGCUCUGAAGUGACCAGGCAGGCCUACAGUACAGCUGGUUUAGAUAUGACUCUACUCAGGGGCACUUUGACCGCAACGAGGAAAACGUUCUCUCGCUGUCAAAGUUGUCCGCCAUCUGAACGUCUGUAUCUAACAUUGGCCCCUGCGACACCCGGCUACACGAAUUGGUGCCCAAACUCUGACCACGACAUCCGAGUUUCUCUCACCCUGACCGAUGCUUCGUAUGACGUCUGGCGAUCAAAUGCCCGCUUGACGUCGUCCCUGGAGAGGAUCGUAACGACUGGUAUCGAAACCAAGUGUCGAUGCGGUUUCAGCGAGGGAUAUGUCUGUGGCCAAAAGUUGCUUCGCGGUAGUGUGGUUUACCAAGCUGAUAUGUAUGCCACUGACUCCGACCAGGCCAGACUGCUGGACGAUAGCUUCCGUGCGUUCCUCUCGGAAACAGGCACGAUAACUGUGGGUGGGAAAACCUACUCUGUCGCUGAAGCUGGUGAUAAAAAUGCACCGCCAACGAGUGGUUCCCCUGUGCGAGUGGCUGUCGUUGUGCCUGUGGUACUUGCCGCCAUAAUAGUAAUCAUCGCACUAAGUGUGGCUGUUGGAUGCUUCAUCAAGAAAGGGCAAUCAGCAUCCAGCUCCGAUGACGACAUCAAGCUGGAGGAACCUAAUCAAAACGUGGAAUUUGACAACCUUGGUUACAGUGGCCAGCCGUGAAAAAACGACAGGCCCAGAACAAAUUGGAAUUUCGGUUUUCGGGUUGGCUUUAGCCACCUUCCCGAACAUAGAGUGGUGGUGGGUUAAGUCAUAAUAACUUGCUGAAGUCGUAUAACUCCUUCAAAGUAAUAAGUACUAAUUCAAAGUAAUUAUAGGUGUGGUUCAGUUCAAGUAAACGUAAUGCCACUUUAUUCCUUAACCGAUUUUCUUUUCAAGUCAUUCGGUAAACCAUACAUGCAAACGAAUUUGCCCAUUCAAUUAUAUGAGGUUGACUGAAUAAACAGCUUUCAUCGGGUUUGAGUAAACUCCUUGUUAAUGUUAUUUACAAAUAUGUACACUCAUACUAUUUCUAACCAAACCCAUGAUUGUGGAAUGGGACACUCAGCUAGUUACAAGUAUUUUAGAAUUCAAAAUAAUGUUGUCUAAUACUGGUAUAUCGGAAUUACUAAAACUAGUAUAAGUAAUAUACUAACCCAUAGACUGAUCCGAUGACAAGAAUCAGGAGCUAUUACUGCAGUGGGUGAGAUGCACAUUGUGCACUACUAACCAAAACCACGCCCUCGUCAAGCUAAGGAAUGCACGCCUGAGUGACAGGGACACCGCAGUAAUGGCGUCAGCGAAUCGGUCUAUACUAUAUACGGUUCUAAUACAAUCAAAAAACAAAAACUACCAGUACGCAACCAAUGGUCCGCAGUAAGAAAUAAUAAUUACAUUCACUGAGUCUCUACGGGGGGGGAUGUGGAAGUAAGCUCAAGGAAUGGGAAAGGCAAAUUAUGUGAUACUUUUUCAAGAAGCCAUAAGUUAAAUUUGAAUAAAAUAUGGUACACUGAGUUAUCUGAUUGCAUAUAAAAAUAACGAUUUGAAUUCUCCAGACUAAAGACACUGUUGCUAUUACCUUGUGAUUCGGGGCAAGCGUUUGCAUAGCCACCACCACCUCUGGAAUGGACUGGUUUUAAUGGGUUGAAGUACAUACGUGGACUAAAAAGGUCUGUAGUCACUGGUAUUAACGUCCCUACGGUCACUUGAAGACUUUUAGCUGUCUAUUCUCACGAGUUGUUAGCUAUAGCUGCACAUUUUAAAGCAUAGUAAUGUAGGGAUAUAGGGUUUCUCCGGUGAGAUAAUUACUUUUGAUGCGAAUGUGAACUCUGAUGGCCUGGUGGUCUCUGGCACGAGAUCAAUGCAUGAGGAUUAGCGCCCUUGCCGUGUGCAGACUUAAAUUAUCUCCAAAAUUGCUGGAGACCUGGAGAAGUUUCUGGACUUUUCUCAGUGACAGUUCCCACGCUUGAGACCUGCACCUUGGUAAGCUGGCGGUAACAGCAAGAUGGCUCCUUGUGGGAUAACCUUAGCCCUAAAUUUCCGUUGGCUUUAGGGUUCAUACCAAUUUGGGCAAACUUUUAGAUGUCAGGGUAAUAGAAUUUAUGAUUGUACAGAGACAUUUCGUAGUAUGAAUUUAUCAUGGACAUAGCAAAUGUAACGUUUAUUACGAUGUGUAUGUAAGCCAUCACUCAAUAAUAGUAUGUCCUCUGUCUUUCUUUCGGUUUUUUCUUGGCUUCCUUUUGGUUACAAUUUCAUUGCUGAUUGACACCUGGGAAUAAAUUGAA